UUGAUAAUACGUUAUUCAAUGUCACAGAGAAACCUCUUCAUUUUCACCACAAAAAGGGAAAGGUGCUGACAGGCGCAUUAUUUUUCGCAGGAAAUAGAAAAUAUUUCAUAAAAUGAACAAAAUUGGUUUGUUCCUUGUCUGUUCAAUUAAGUGGUCUUUAUUCUAAUGAUCGAAGAAAAGAAAGAGAAAAAACCAGUGAACCUAAUCCAUCUCAAAACAAACACUUUUUACGGCAAAUCUUAUAAGAAUACAACACUUCUGGAGGGCGAUUUUAAUACUUAUGUUGAGGAUAACAACAUUCCUCCAUCUGUAUGCGUUGAAUUCCAAACUUUUUUCGAACUUCGUCAAGUUGACGCUACCCUUGAAUUUGCAGAAAUUUUUUUUUACACGGUGUAUGUUAAACAUGAUCCAUAUAGAAGAGCUGACUCGAUGAUAUGUAGCAACUUCACAAGUGGAGAUUUCAGCAUCAAGAAAACUGUCACUGUCACGUGUAAAACACCACUUGAAGGAAAGUUCUUUGAACUCGUUGCAACACGUUUACCAGGUUUGCCAAGAACAACCCUAAAAGUGUUCGAAAUUGAGCGCUUCGGUUUGUAUAAUUAACUUGUAAAUGUAUGCUUAAACGUCAUAUUAAUAUUGUUCUGUAGUUUGAUUUUAUGUGGGUUCUUUUUGUGUACACAUAUUAAUUUACGUCCAUGAAAAUUCAUAAAACAUUAAAUAGCAUUUUUUAAAACACUACUCUUUUUUCAGGAAUAUGUAACCUUUACAAUGUCUGACUGCCCUGGUUCAGGACAAGCAGUUAAAUCUUAACUUAUUAGCAAAUUAUAAGAAUCGAGUUAAUUCUACUAUUUUUCCUAAAUUUAUCUUUGUUUUUAAAAAAUUCGACAUCAAAUCCAUUUUUUUAAAAGAGAGACUAUUAAAAACGAUU